UCUGCCUCCCUCUCUCUUGUUUCUAUGGGAACGCAACUCCCAAACGCAGACACUGAAUCCCUCCAGCGGUUACUGAAUUUGAGCCUCGGAGUUAACGACAACAACACAGAAAACGUCAACUCAUCACAACCAGCAAACUCCAUUGGUACAGACCAGCCUUUGGGCAUCGAAUUCGUGGAGAAGAUCUUGAACUACGAGUUCAAAGAUAAGAACUUGCUGCUGCAAGCGUUCACUGAUGCUAGUUUUGAUGAAAACUGUGUUUCUUACGAACGCUUAGAAUUCUUAGGAGACACGGUCUUAAACAUGAUUGUAACCAAAUAUUUAUAUUUUCGCUACGAGGAUGCUACACCUGGUUCAUUGACCAGACUCCGUGCGUUCAACGUUGAUAGAGAGAAACUUGCCCGAGUCGCCGUAAAAUAUAAUCUGCAUCGUUACCUCCGUCAUAAGAAACCCUUGCUUGACGACCAAAUAUUGAAAUUUGCAAAAGAUAUAGAAAAAUAUCCACUACAUUCGCGUCAUCUCCUGGAAACUCCUAAAACCCUAGCUGAUAUAGUAGAGUCUACCAUUGGAGCUCUCUACACCGACUGCGACUGCUUCGAGACCGUGUGUAAGGUGGUAAAACCAUUGUUGGAGCCAAUAAUACCAUUAGAUAAACUGGAGAACCAUCCAGUGACAGAGCUCAAUGAGAUGUGUCAGAAGAAGAACUUGAAACUGAAGUUCGAUGACAAUACUUGGGAAGUUGAUAAAACUUUUCGUGUCUUUAUUGAGGACCAUUUGGUUGGACAUGGACACCAUCUUGUCAAGAAAGACAUUGCUAAAAAUUGUGCUGCACAAAAUGCUCUGGACGAAUUUUCCCAUACCUUUCCACAGAUUUAA